UUCAUCAGAGGAUUCUUCUUCUCUUCAACAUCAUCGAAUUCGAAGUUGGAAGAGAGACUGAGGGAAGAACGUAGUCGAUCCCGGUGGGAUUCGGAGGAUGAUGCUGGAUCUGGGUCCGUUCUCAGAUGAGAAGUUCGAUGCUAAGCGGUGGGUUAACUCGUCGUGCCAAGCGCGUCACCCGCAGGACUCGCUCGAGAAACACCUCGUGGAUCUGGAAAUGAAGCUCCAGAUUGCCUCCGAGGAGAUCGGAGCGUCUCUCGAGGAGCAGAGCGGAGGCGCUCUCCUCCGUGUCCCUCGCGCCACUCGCGACGUCUUGCGCCUCCGUGAUGAUGCGGUGUCUCUGCGUGGUUCUGUUGCCGGAAUCCUUCAGAAACUCAAGAAGGCAGAGGGUUCUUCAGCAGAUUGUAUAGCUACACUUGCUAGAGUGGACACUGUCAAACAGAGAAUGGAGGCUGCUUACAAAACACUGCAGGAUGCUGCUGGGUUAACUCAGUUAAGCUCGACGGUUGAGGAUGUUUUUGCUAGCGGUGAUCUUCCUCGUGCUGCAGAGACUCUUGCCAGCAUGAGAAAUUGCUUGUCCGCUGUUGGAGAGGUUGCAGAGUUUGCUAAUGUUAGGAAGCAACUAGAAGUGUUGGAGGAUAGGCUGGAGGCAAUGGUGCAGCCACGUCUUACUGAUGCAUUAACAUAUCACAAGGUUGAUGUUGCUCAAGAUUUGCGAGGAAUUCUCAUCCGGAUUGGGAGAUUCAAGUCUCUGGAGUUGCAAUAUUCAAAAGUCCGUCUAAAGCCAAUAAAACAACUCUGGGGGGAUUUUGACACGAAACAAAGGGCCAACAAGCUUGCCAGUGAGAGAAGUGAAAGCCAGAGGUUGUCUAGCGGCGAUGAGUUUCAAUUGACAUCAUUUGCCAGUUGGCUGCCAGGCUUUUACGACGAGUUGCUUCUCUAUCUUGAGCAGGAGUGGAAAUGGUGUAUGGUUGCCUUUCCUGAUGACUACAUGACUCUCGUCCCAAAGCUGUUGGUUGAAACCAUGGGAGUACUGGGGGCUAGUUUUGUUUCUCGUCUUAACCUUGCAACAGGAGAUGCUGUUCCUGAAACAAAAACACUCGCUAAAGGUGUGAUGGAUCUAUUAUCCGAAGACUUGCCCAAGGGUAUCGAUAUGCAGACCAAGCAUCUUGAGGCCCUGAUUGACCUGCACAACGUAACUGGGUCCUUUGCAAGAAAUAUUCAGCACCUGUUUGCUGAAUCGGAACUUAGGGUCUUGAUAGAUACACUGAAGGCCGUGUACUCACCCUUUGAAUCCUUCAAGCAAAAGUAUGGGAAGAUGGAACGCGCUAUUUUAUCCUCCGAGAUCGCAGUGGUGGAUCUGAGAGGAGCCGUUACACGUGGUGUUGGAGCUCAAGGAAUUGAACUCAGCGAAACAGUGCGUAGAAUGGAAGAGUCUAUUCCCCAAGUUGUUGUUCUUCUUGAAGCUGCGGUUGAGAGGUGUAUCGGCUUCACUGGCGGCUCAGAGGCAGACGAGCUGAUACUUGCACUAGACGACAUAAUGUUGCAGUAUAUCUCUAUGCUUCAGGAAACACUCAAAUCUUUGAGAGUUGUGUUUGGAGUAGAUGGUACAGGUGAUGGAGUUAGUUCCAAGAAAGAGGGAAGUGCAGAGAAAAGGGAGAGCUCUCGCAAGAUGGACUUGACUUCAAAUGAGGAAUGGUCCAUUGUCCAGGGAGCUUUGCAAAUACUUACUGUUGCUGACUGUCUAACGAGCAGGUCUUCUGUAUUUGAAGCUUCUUUGAGAGCUACUCUAGCUAGACUGAACUCCAGCUUGUCUAUCUCAUUAUUUGGCACAAAUUUGGAUCAGAACCUGUUACAUUUGAAAAGCGAACAAACAGCUGGAGAUUUGUCUAUGGCUGGACGAGCAUCCCUGGAUGUUGCAGCUAUUCGGUUGGUUGAUGCUCCAGAGAAGGCUCAUAAACUCCUAAACCUGUUGGAGCAGUCCAAAGAUCCACGGUUCCAUGCACUUCCUUUGGCAUCUCAGAGAGUCGCUGCAUUUGCUGAUACAGUCAACGAACUUGUCUAUGACAUCCUCAUAUCAAAAGUCAGGCAACGCCUUGGUGACGUAUCUCGCCUACCAAUCUGGUCAUCAGUCGAGGAACAAACCGCUUUUCCUCUACCAAACUUUAGCUCUUACCCUCAGUCUUAUGUCACAAGCGUUGGAGAAUAUCUCCUUACUUUGCCUCAGCAGCUUGAGCCUCUAGCUGAAGGAAUCUCAAGCAAUGGCGAUUCAAACAACGAAGAUGCUCAGUUUUUCGCAACCGAGUGGAUGUUCAAGGUAGCAGAAGGCGCUACGGCUCUGUACGUGGACCAACUAAGAGGAAUCCAAUACAUAUCAGACCGAGGAGCACAACAACUCUCUGUAGAUAUAGAGUAUUUGAGCAAUGUGCUUUCGGCUUUGUCUAUGCCUAUCCCGCCUGUUCUUGCAACUUUUCAGACGUGUUUGGCUACACCAAGAGAUGAGCUCAAAGAUGUGAUGAAAUCAGAAGCUGGUAGUGAACUUGAUUUCCCUACGGCUAAUCUUGUCUGUAAGAUGCGUCGUAUCAGUUUCGAUUAAAGUCUUUUCGAUUUUGGUGGUCCAAACUCAAACGUACUUAUGGUGUCUACGAGAGUAUGCUAACAAAUUGGUUCGGCCAUUGUCAUAUCUUAUUAUACAACUCAUUGUGAAAAACUUUUGAUGCGUUAUAUAUAAAGACAAGUUUCACACGA